GCGCAGCAGUGCACCUCAAUAUCAGUGGCAAUUGGCAACUGCUGGGCCACAUGAGCAACGACAAACCGUCCGCCAUUUUCAAGGUGUCCGCAUCCAUGGCUUCGGUACGGGAGAGUGACCUGUUGUCGUAUUUAGAUUGA